GCUUGCGCGGACGCGUGGCGGACACCCGCAACCCGCCCCCCGCUUGCAAUGCAAGUCCAGAUCUCUAGUGGUGCAUAGACCCAGCCCCCGCCACGGACUCCCCUCCUUCUCCCGCAUCGACCCGAUCGAGCACCAUCGUGUUCUCCAAUCCAAUCCAAAGCAAAAGGCAAUGGCGGCGGCGAACGGCCCAUCGCCGGGGAGGCUGGCGUCCGUAUACAGCGAGGUGCAGACGAGCCGCCUCCAUCACGCGCUCCAGCUCCCCUCCGUCCUCACCUCCCAAUUCUCCCUCGUCGACGGGCCGCCCAGCUCGGCUACCGGAAACCCAGAUGAGAUCGCCAAGCUGUUCCCCAACCUGUUCGGGCAGCCGUCGGCGGCGCUGGUGCCGGCCAAGGAGGCGGCCGCAGUGGAGGGGAAGCCGCUCAAGAUCGGGGUCGUUCUCUCCGGCGGACAGGCACCCGGUGGACACAAUGUCAUCUGCGGCAUCUUCGAUUUCUUGCAGCAUCGUGCCAAGGGCAGCACAAUGUAUGGAUUCAAGGGAGGCCCAGCAGGGGUGAUGAAGUGCAAGUACGUCGAGCUCAACACCGAUUUUGUCUACCCCUACAGAAACCAGGGUGGAUUUGAUAUGAUCUGCAGUGGGAGGGAUAAGAUUGAAACACCAGAGCAGUUUAAGCAAGCUGAAGAUACAGCCAACAAACUUGAGUUGGAUGGACUUGUUGUUAUUGGAGGUGAUGAUUCAAAUACCAAUGCAUGCCUUAUAGCUGAAUACUUCAGGUCAAAGAACCUAAAGACUCGUGUUAUUGGGUGUCCCAAGACUAUUGAUGGAGAUCUAAAAUGCAAGGAGGUCCCAACAAGUUUUGGAUUUGACACUGCUUGCAAGAUUUACUCUGAAAUGAUUGGAAAUGUGAUGACUGACGCACGAUCAUCAGGGAAAUACUACCACUUUGUAAGACUUAUGGGACGUGCUGCUUCUCACAUUACUUUAGAGUGUGCCUUACAAACACACCCAAACAUCGCUCUUAUUGGUGAAGAGGUUGCGGAAAAGAAGCAGACCCUAAAAAAUGUUACAGACUACAUGACUGAUAUUGUCUGUAAGCGUGCCGAACUUGGUUACAACUACGGAGUCAUCCUUAUACCAGAGGGCCUGAUUGAUUUUAUCCCAGAGGUUCAGAAACUUAUCGCGGAGUUAAAUGAAAUUCUCGCACAUGAUACUGUUGAUGAAGCAGGUGUCUGGAAAAAUAAACUUGAAUCAGAAUCCAAAAAACUAUUUGAAUUUUUACCCCCAUCCAUCCAGGAGCAGCUUUUGCUGGAAAGAGAUCCACAUGGAAAUGUUCAAGUUGCCAAAAUUGAAACAGAAAAAAUGCUGAUAGCAAUGGUUGAAACAGAAUUAGAGAAAAGAAAAGCUGAAGGAAAGUACAAGGGCACUUUUAUUGGCCAAUCCCACUUCUUUGGAUACGAAGGAAGGUGUGGCCUUCCAACUAAUUUUGAUGCCAGCUAUUGCUAUGCUUUAGGUUAUGGUGCAGGGGCUCUUCUCCAGUCUGGAAAGACAGGCCUUAUAUCUUCGGUUGGUAACCUUGCUGCCCCUGUGGCCGAAUGGACUGUCGGUGGGACUGCAUUGACAUCACUGAUGGAUGUUGAGAGGAGACACGGCAAAUUCAAGCCAGUGAUCAAGAAAGCAAUGGUGGAACUUGACGGUGCUCCAUUUAAGAAAUUUGCGUCCGUGCGAGACGAAUGGGGCCUGAAGAACCGCUACAUCAGCCCUGGACCCAUCCAGUUUAUUGGCUCUGGAGCCGACGCUGUCAAUCACACACUGCUAUUGGAUCUUGGCGUCCACGCCUGAGUUGGAGACACGAUUCUGGUAUAGCAGACUUGUUCCAGGGCCAGCUAGUUUACAAAGUCUCCAUCCAUAUUGUGGGAGAUUGAGGAACAGUUAAUAAGAGGUUCUGAACUUGUGAUGGCGCUUGCUUUUCUUCGUAUAGUGGUUAGGUCCUAGUUAGUCCAUCAGCUACUCAUGGCGAUGCUAAUUUAGUAAUUUGUAUCCAGAAUGUUUUAAUUUGGCUGGCAUAAGAUUGUAGCAAUGAUGGAUGUUGCAGAUUGAUUGGAGUAUUGGUCUCCCACUCCCAGUAGUAUUUUCCUGAAUCCAUGACUUUACCAGCGGAUCUGUACGUGUAUAUGUGUCACUUAAUUACAAUUCGCAUGCCCUCAGGCUGCAUGCGUGUGCCAGCCAAGCAGCCAGCAAGCCGAACGGGCUGGAACGGUUGGCUGGUUCGGCUGGGGCUAAGCCGAGCUGCUUGGCUGGCUGCAACAGUAGCAGCUCCAGCUAGCCAUAAAUGCCAAGGCGAACGGGCUGGAGCUUGUCUUUUUUUUUUUUAGGGUUAGCUUGUCUGUUCCCUUUGCGUGUCUCCCGUUUGUGUCUCCGACAUCCCCACAAUCUUGAUUCCUGGUGCAAAAUCAUGAUUAGAGCAGUGAUAAUUUG